AUGCUUCGGCAACUGCUCUUAAUCGCUUUCUUUCUCCUAUGGUCGUCAUCUUCGAUCGCUUCGUCGAACAAACAGUUCAAAGUCGAUGGAACGGUGUUGGAGCUCGACGAAUCCAACUUCGAUUCCGCCAUUGCCUCCUUUGACUACAUCUUCGUCGAUUUCUACGCCCCUUGGUGUGGCCACUGCAAGCGCCUUGCCCCCGAGUUAGACAAAGCUGCCCCUGUUCUUGCUGGGCUGAAACAGCCCAUAGUAAUUGCGAAAGUAAAUGCUGACAAGUAUACCCGUCUUGCUUCUAAAUAUGAUAUCGAUGGGUUUCCAACCUUAAAGAUAUUUAUGCAUGGAGUUCCCAUGGAUUAUUAUGGACCAAGAAAAGCUGAUUUGCUUGUUAGAUUUUUGAGGAAAUUUGUUGCUCUUGAUGUUGCCAUUCUCAAUUCUGACUCUGCUAUUCGAGAAUUUGUUGAAGCAGCAGGCACUCAUUUCCCAAUAUUUGUGGGCUUUGGUUUGAAAGAGUCCAUGAUAUCAAAUUUGGCUAUCAAGUACAAGAAAAAAGCAUGGUUUGCUGUGGCAAAAGAUUUCUCAGAGGACAUUAUGGCCUUGUACGAUUUUGACAAGGUUCCUGCUUUGGUGGUCCUUCAUCCGAGUUACAAUGAACAGUACAUUUUCUAUGGUCCUUUUGAAGAUAAAUUCCUUGAAGACUUUAUAAAGCAGAGUUUGUUCCCUCUGGUUUUGCCCAUAAAUCAAGACACACUAAAGUUGUUGAAGGAUGAUGAUAGGAAAAUUGUUUUGACAAUUAUGGAGGAUGAGGCAGAUGAGAAAUCAAGGGAAUUAAGCAAACUUUUGAAGGCUGCUGCAUCUGCAAACCGUGACUUAGUAUUUGGUUAUGUUGGGAUCAAGCAGUGGGAAGACUUCAUUGAAUCGUUUGGUGUCACUAAGAAAACUAAAUUGCCAAAAAUGAUUGUUUGGGAUGGGGAUGAGGAGUACUUCUCAGUUAUUGGUUCAGAAAGUAUUGACGAAUUGGAUAAAGGGUCCCAAAUCACUAAAUUUCUUGAACGAUACAGAGAAGGAAGUGUGAUCCAGAAGCGCAUUAGCGGUCCUUCACUGAUUGGUUAUAUCAACUCAUUGAUUGGAAUCAGAGCUAUUUACAUUAUUGUUUUUGUGGUUGCUGUAAUGAUGCUUAUUCAGACCAUCACUAAAGAGGAACCUCUGAGGGUUGGUACUCGGGCCGAGGCAGAUCAUGCAAGCCGCUCCACGUCUCAGGAAAGCAGAGAACAUCAUCAAUCAGGAGAUAAGGAAGAUUAA